AUGUCAUCAAUCGAAGACGAAAGACCAUCGAAACGGGCCCGUCAGGCCUGUGAGCCCUGUCGCCGGAAAAAGUCGCGGUGCCCCGGGGAGAAACCGAUCUGCUCGUACUGCGAACGACUCGGCCAACAGUGUGUAUAUUCAAGUACUGAAAUUGCAGAGCAAGGGCUGGGCCACUCCAACAAGAUGGAAGAACGCAUCUCCGGCAUCGAGGGAAGGCUAGAACAAUUGAUGGAAUACAUUACGCGAUCUGCGCCAAAUCAACUAUCUUCGCCUGCUGCAAUUCAACCUCACUCCCCUCAGAUUGCGGUGCUGCCGCCCACAGAGAGUCAUUCGACCGACAAUGAAUUAUCUGGGGCAUCGGAUGUUGAGCUGUAUCUGACAUACUGCAACGCGCAGCCCCUUCUCCUAUUCCCCCUCAGAACAUCUCCAGCCUCCCUGAGGACGCGGGAUCCUGAACUAUUGCUGGCGAUUGAAGCUCUUGGAGCCCGUUUCAGAGGUCAAGGUGUCAGUGAUCAAACUUUACAGACAAGUAUCAAGAGUAAAACAGAAAGGGCUGCUCAGAUGGUCAUGAUGCGUGUGGCAUCCGGUACUGUGGAAUUAUCGACAAUCCAGACCCUUUGCCUCCUCAGUAUGCUGGAGUUUACAGCCGGAAACAUCGUUCGCGCAGGGUCUUAUACCAGCCUGUCCACAUACUUCAUGAGGAAUCUCAAAAUCAAUGGCCUAGAGUCUAUCAGCAAUUUGGAAACCGAAAGUGACGAGCGGAAGCUUUGCUACAUAGGUAUCCUCAUGCUUCAAAAUUUCCAGGGGUCCCUACAGCCACCCGAUACUGCUGGCCACGCGGAUUUACUUGCAGAAACCGGCGGGAUCUCCUCUCCAUUGGGGUCAACGCUAUUUGGAAAGGACAACGCUCGUGGUAACAACGGUGACUCCAAGCCAGACAUCGGAAUCAAUGGUAGCAGUGUUUACACCAGCGAGUUGUGGGCGAUGGCUUGUAAAUAUGCCGCCUGUCAUGUCGGCGUUGACUCCCAUCCACCAUGGUCCCCCUACUCUGAUUAUACCAUGAUCAAUUUCCGACACUGCGAGCAUGAGAGUUUUAUGCCACUGAGAUUUAGACUUCACGCAAGUCGCUUUCAAGACCAUCCAUCCUCCUCGCUCAAGGCUCGCCGCGACUAUUGGAGCCCAUGGCUUUCCUUCCAGCUUGUUUGGCACGCGGUGCCUUGUUUGGUGAACCAUCCGUUCCUGCUAUCUAUGCGCCUUCGAAACUUUCGCAGGACAAUGCCCCAGUCGUUCCUGCGCAAUUCUUUCGAGCAGCUUACCUUUCACUCGGGCUGGGUUUCUCAUUUUCUUGAGCUCAUCGAGAUGAAAAACUUCGAGGUAUCUGACCCCAUCAUAGGACAUUGUGUGGCAAUUGUUGCUACGAUAUAUCUUCAACAUAGCUUUAUUGAGGAUCAAGACUUUCACAGGAAAGCGCAAACGGGAUUCGAGAAAUGCCUUAGAUUUCUUCGUAAUAUGGGUAAUCGGUGGCCACACAUCGAUCGACAGGCCCACCAACUACAGCAACUCCGAGAUAGCGUUUCCCCAGGUGGUCUCAUGACCGACAAUAUCCCAUCGGGAGGAAGCAACUCUCGCCAGAAAUGGUCGGUGAACCUGCAGCUGUUGUGGAAUAUUUUGGUUUAUCCUCGCGCAAGCAACACGUCAGACCCCAAUAGCGAUAUCUUUGGCCCUAAACUAGCCAAAGACAGUGUUGGGUUCCUGGCAGACACUCCCCCUGGCGCUAUCACAGACCGCGAUUUCGCUCUAAUUGGAUCUGCGGGAAUUUCAGGACACAAAACAGUGGCUCUCGAAUGUGUCACCUAUCCACCAGAGCAGACCGAGGACCCAAUGCAAGCGCCGAGUCAGACAUCACCAUCAAUGGAAUUUGCAGGGCUUCCUGGAGAUCCUCAUAUGGAACCUGGUGGCGCCGACGCUUUGUUCCUACAGCUUCAAGAUUACGGGAGGGCGUUUGAGGAUUGGCUAAGCCUUAAUCCAACUUGA